AUGACUUGUGGGGUGCCUGGAAGCCAGACACGUUCUCUUGCUCUGCCCUGGAGAGGUAGGUUUCCUUCUAGGGAGGGAGCCAAUACAGAAUUGUCCCAUUCUUGCUGGUCUCAGACAAUGAACUAUGUGGGGCAGCUUGCUGAGACCGUUUUUGGCACCGUGAAGGAGCUCUACAAGGGCCUGAAUCCGGCCACUCUGACAGGCUGCAUCGACGUCAUUGUUGUGAGGCAGCCAGAUGGCUCUUUACUCUGUUCACCUUUCCAUGUACGCUUCGGGAAACUACGUGUCCUGCGUUCAAGCGAAAAAGUGGUUGACAUUGAAAUCAAUGGGGAGCCAGUUGACCUGCAUAUGAAGCUGGGUGAAAAUGGAGAAGCUUUCUUUGUCGAAGAGUCGAAGGAACAAAAGGAGAGCAUCCCCAUCUCCUUGUGCACAUCUCCCAUCCCUUCCGAGAAAAACUCAGAUCUAACAACCAGAGCUUCUAGGGAGGCUUCCAGCUCGUAUGGAAACCCCGAUGCCUCCAGCUCUGACACGGCCCUUCGUAAGAAAAGAAGGCGUAAGAGGAAGGCCAGGAGGAGGGAGUCAUUGGCGGACUCCACUUCAGAAGAGGAAGAAGGCACUGAAAGUGAGAUGUCUCUGGAGGAGAAGCGGAAACUGUUGGCUUCCAACAAUACAAUAUACUACUCAUUCACUGAUGUUCACUCAUACGCUGAAGGAACUGGGACCCUGCAACCGAAGGAAGCCCAUCCCUUUUCUGAUGGAGAACUGCCUCCCAUGCAGAGCCUUUCUCCAAGUUGUCAGUUAGCCCCCAAAAGUGACUCUGAACUGGAAAUCAAAAACCCUGAAAUGCCUCUUGGAUCCGAAGCCCACAUGCAGUGGUCCUGGGGAAGGCUGCCUGAAGUGAGCAAAUCGGAGCGAGCUGAAACAAUAAAGCCCACCAUGAAUAUGGCAACGACGGCAGCUCUCACUCCAACUACCAUCCCUGUGGGCGAGAUGACACACUUUGUUGCCAUUUCAGAAUGCCACUUGGGCACUGUGGACUCUGUCGAUGCUUCAGAUUGUCCAGUUGCUCCUUUAAUUAGACCCACACCUGUCUUCUCUACUGGAAAUGGCCUUCCGAGGGGUGAAGAGCCCAGCUCUUCUGCUCAGGCGAUGGCCAGUGAUCAAGAGACAACUUUCACAUUCUCAAGAGAUGCACAAAGCCAUGCAAAGCCUGCAGAGAGUGAAGGAAAGAAUUGCGCAGAGAUGAUAGGACAGAUUCAGGAACUGGAGUGUGAAGCACCGUCAUCGAGAAAAUCCAGUUUGGAUCAGGAAGCGCCAUCCCUAAGGAAAGCUAAUCUUGGGCAACCAGAGCCAAGCAGCAGCUUAGAGCUACAGCAGGCGACGGGAAGGGGUUCUGUGAAGAGAAGUCCUCACCUGGGACCAACUGAUAUUUACCUGGAAGAUCUCUCAAACCUGGAUGCUGAACAGGUGGCACUCUAUUUCCCUAAAAGUGAUGCUGAAUUGAGUGGGCAAGCACAGACCGAUCCUAGCAGCUUCUCUCAAACUCAUCUGCAGGGUGGCACAGAUAAUCUGGAGUCCAUGGCAUGUAACCUGAUGCCACACAUCCUCCUGUCUGUCUGUGGAGGUCUGGGAGAUAGUGGAGAAUUAUCUCGCGCAGAGGAGUUUAUGAAACAUGUUGUCUCCUACCAAGAGUUUGCAGAAAAUCCAGCAGUUGUUGAGGAUCCAAACCUGGUGAUACAGAUCCAUAAGAAAUAUUAUAACUGGUCAGUUGCAGCACCCAUGAUCCUCUCCCUACAAGCUUUCCAGAAGAAUCUUCCCAAGAGUACUGUUGACAGACUCCUGAAGGAGAAGAUGCCCAAAAGGGGGGGCAGGUGGUGGUUUUCUUGGCGGAGAAGAGAACUUUCCAAUGAGGAGCCAGAAUCCAGUGCCCAGAAAAUGAGUCCGACCAACUCCUUUCAGCAGAGAAAAAGGGAAAAUGCUUCAUCCAGUGAUGAUGAGUCUAUAUCUUCAGGCCAAGGAGACAGACCUGUACCAGAAAUUACACAGAAAUUUCUUCCAACCUACAAGAAAUCCCUACGACUCUCUUCAGAUCAAAUUAAGAGUCUGAACCUGAGAGAUGGUCCCAAUGAGGUAGCAUUCAGUGUGACCACUCAGUACCAGGGCACAUGUCGUUGUGAAGCCACCAUCUACCUGUGGAACUGGGAUGACAAGGUGGUGAUCUCUGACAUCGAUGGGACCAUCACCAAGUCUGAUGCUCUAGGUCACAUCUUACCGCAUUUAGGAAAAGACUGGACCCACCAAGGGAUCGCUAAGCUGUUCCACAAAAUCCAUCUGAAUGGGUAUAAGUUUCUCUAUUGUUCAGCCAGAACCAUUGGGAUGGCACAUAUCACCAAAGGAUACCUGGAGUGUGUCAAAGAUGAGGGCUGUGUGCUCCCGAAAGGCCCCAUCUUGCUGGCACCUAGCAGCCUCUUUUCAGCUCUUCAUAGGGAAGUGAUUGAGAAGAGGCCAGAGGUGUUCAAAAUUGCCUGCUUAACAGAUAUCCGGAACCUGUUUGGCUCCAACAGGCAGCCGUUCCACGCUGCCUUUGGGAACAGAACGAAUGAUGUCCAUGCCUACAAGGAAGUGAACCUUCCAGAAUCUCGUAUAUUUACUGUGAACCCCAAGGGGGAACUGAUCCAAGAACUUGUGAAGAUCCACAAAUCUACGUAUGAGCGGCUGAGUGAGGUAGUAGAUCUCAUCUUUCCACCCAUCGGCAAGGAUGUGAGCUUUUCCAUGGAGUGUCCAGAGUAUAACCACUUUUCUUACUGGAGAGCUUCCUUGCCUGCUGUUGACUUGGAAGAUCUUGAUUGAAGACAUAGAGCCAAUGAAG